ACAAAUAAUAAUCACUCGUGCAGAAUACGUUGAUAAAUUUAUAACACCAUCAUCAGAAGAAAACCAUAAGAAACAUUUUAAGAGAACUCCUAAUAAUAGACUUUUAGAUAUGUUUGAUCUUGAUUGUAAAGCUGUUGCAUUAAAUCAUAACUAUAAUUCUUGGAAAUUUUAUCGUCAACUUUUUUCACGCGCCAUUAAGACAGCAUGUUAUUCUAACGAAACCAUUGAAACACUAAGUAAUUUAUUUGAAGAAAUGAUGGAUUUUUGGAUGAAUUUGAGAAAACCUGACGAGAAUCUAGCAAAUGUUGAGCUAUCAGCUUGGAUGCAAAGAUUUUCAAAUGAUUUAAUUUACGCAAUUACAACUGGUAAUCGUACAUUUGCGACUAAACAUUAUUAUCACAAAUUAAAAACAAACGAAGUUACAAAAGAAAUAGUGGAAUCCGAACAUGUUAUUGAAUGCAUUAAGAACUUCUAUAGUGAUGGCCAAAUGUUAUUUAUACCAAAGUUAUUAAGAUCAUUUCCUUUGAUCAAUGGUCGCAUGAAUAAAAUGAUGCAUCUGUUCGACUAUGUAUAUAAAAGAUUGGUUGAGAGAAUUAGAAAAAGAAGAAAAGAAGUUGAAAAACUUGUUAAUAGUA